AUGGAUUCAUUGAUUUCAAGAAUUGUGGCUACUCCUGAUGUUUUCUAUAAACAUUUAAAGUUUGAUGAAGACGAAUUGACCAAUGAUGAAAAAGUUUCAAUCUUGCGAAAUCUCAUUGAAAACAAUAUUUCGUUAUUUUUAACCAGGUUUGUGAUUUUCUAUUUUAUUUCUUCAAAAAAGAUUAUUAUGAAAUUUUCCUCAUUGUAUUCUUUCUUUAUCAAUAAAAUUUCAGAUAUGGAAAGUAUUUGUCAUCGGAUGAUUGUUCCCUUUUCAACUCCUCUGAUGAUCCAUUUGUCGAAUUUCUACUCAAAAGUCUAAAAGAUAGCCGUCCAAGGAACACGAAAAAUGAGCGAUAUGUAAUGAUGCAAAGUUUAAUCGAAAAUGGAGAUUAUUUUUCAGAUAUUAAAAUGA